AUGGCGGGGGCGGCGGCGGGGCUGUGGCGGCUCCGGGCGGCCGCGGGGCUGUGGCCGCUGCCGGGCCCGGCCGUGCGGGGCCGGGCGCUGCCGCCCGCACCCCGGAGCCGCCCGCUGCUGCCCGCACCCCGGUGCCGCCCGCUGCUGCCCGCACCCCGGUGCCGCCCGCUGUCGCAGCUGCCGCCGGGCCGCGGCCCUCGGGCGGGCGCGCACAGGCGGGUCGUGUCGUGGCGGUCGCUGGCGGCCACCGCGGUGCUGGGCGGGGGGCUGCUGGCCGGCAUGAAGGUGGUGAAGCGGCGCAAGGAGGAGAAACUGGAGAAGGAACGAAACCGAGGCAUUGGGAAGCCGCUGCUGGGAGGGCCCUUCUCCCUCGUGAGCCACGAGGGACAGCCCAGGACCAGCAGGGACUACAUUGGCCAGUGGGUGCUGAUCUACUUUGGCUUCACUCACUGCCCUGACAUCUGUCCUGAUGAACUGGAGAAAAUGAUUGCAGUGGUGGAUGAAAUCGAUCGAAUUCCAUCUUUGCCUAAUCUGACCCCACUCUUCAUCACCAUCGAUCCUGAGAGGGACAACCAAGAAGCCAUUGCCAGAUAUGUCAAAGAAUUUUCUCCGAAGCUGGUGGGAUUGACGGGUAGCAGGGCACAGAUUGACCAAGUGGCUAAAGCAUACCGUGUGUACUACAGCGAAGGGCCCAAGGAUGAGGACAACGAUUACAUAGUGGAUCACACAAUAAUUAUGUACCUCCUCGGCCCCGAUGGUGAAUUUGUGGACUACUAUGGCCAGAAUAAGAAGAGUGCUGAGAUUUCUGCUUCCAUUGCUGCACACAUGAGAAAAUACACAUCCUAAAGCAGAAGGUCCUCAAAGAUUGCUGUGAAUGUCACCUGUGGGUUUGGCUGUGAUUGGACAUUGGAGUUAAAGCAGAAGCACACAAGUGUAACAUCCUGUCAAGCAGGUCUCCUUUCUUCCAAAUAAGAAAGGUUAUCCAUGUUUCUGCAAAUUCCCAUUGCCAAAAAUUUCUACAGAGCCUUCCCCGUGGAUAUAAUUUCCAACAAGAUCUCGGGUACAGAAUAAAAUUUGGGACUUCUCUGAAACAUUGCUGGGAGCAAAGGAUGGAAAGCACUUCUCACUUGGGAGGAACGUGUGUGUUGCUGGGAAAAUAUUGCUGGUAAAACAAUUGCUGGUCUGGCAAGGACAGCAGUCACUGCAGGAGGAUUAUUUGAUGCAAAGCCAUUACUUGAUGGGGCCAUGGCGUUCUCAGAGGAGCUCUGCCCUCUGGUUUCUCUGCACUGUUUUGCUUUCUAGGAGAGGCAGUUGCACUGUUAGAAGCUGGGGAGCCUUAAGAGUGUUGCUUUAUCCAGGUUGAGAAGGUGAAGAGCACUGAAAGCACCAGCAGCUUCCACACAUGGGACCAGCCCUGUAGCAAGCCUGAUCAUUUCAUCUGAAUGCAGAAAUGAAUUGUCUUUUUCUGGUGAUUUUUCCAGGUGAACACUGUUCACUUAUAAGGAAAAGAGAAUUGAGUUGCAAAUACGUUUUUCUUCUGGUGCAGAUGAUGGUGUGUGUAGUUGCUCUGCUUGUGCUAGGGGAAGUGGGCAGGCUGGAUGGGGGCUGUGUCCAUGCACAGGGCUGGCAAUCAGAUACAUUUUAUGCAGUGCAGCAUUUGAAAAUAAAGAUUGAUUUGUAUAGGCAAUAUAUAUUUUUAUUUCCUUAGGUUUGACUGGAAUGUCAUCAGAACUUUGUAUACUGGUCAAACUUGCUCUGCUUUCCUUCUUUUUAGAAAGCAGUAUUUAUUUCUAGUCAUGCACAUCGGGAGCUGAAUGUGCUUUUUUAAGCUGAACCUCAGAGAAUGGCCCAAAGGAGACAAACCAGAACAGCUCUUGGUGUGAGUUCCAGAGGGUCUUAGACUGAACACAGGUGUUCCUGCAGGUAGCACUGGUGUUCUGACUGUGGGGGUUGGAAGAGAACAUUCCCAUCCAAGGGAAGGUGCAAAGCCUGUGGAAAUUUUCUGUCUUUGCAAAAUUGUGAAAAACUGUAAAUUUCACCUGUUUCAGAGCAGUGGCAUCUCAUGAAUUUUUACACAUGUUGGAUUCUUGCUCUCUUCCAUGGGUUUCACCUUCAGGUCUGUAUUUAUCUGAUCCCUUGUGAUUUGUUUGUGUUUGUGGAGUCCUCAGGGCCCAUCUCUGCCCCAUCUCUUACCAUCCUGUGGCUGUGCUCUGCACAACAGCCUCUGUCUGCCCUUCUCAAGGUCUCUGCUGUCACAUCAGGCCUGUAUUUUAAAUAUUGCAGCAGUUUGAUAGGGCCAAAUACCUUUUCUGCUCAGAGGACAGUCUGGAAAAUCAUGAUUGUAUGAAGCAGUGGUAAGUAAAAAUAAAUCAGUUAGAAGCACCUGCUCAGAAGAAAGAAUUGCUGUUACAGCUGAGCCAAGUUAAAGCAGAAUUUGGACAAGGCAAACCUCUGUCCUGAGGCUUUGCAAAUUCAGCACAUGACCUGCAGCCAGGGAAGAGUCACCUGUUACACUGAUUUCUCUAAAGCUCAUUUCAGCUGACUCGUACCACAGAGACAAAUACAGGAUUCCUGUCUUCUCCCUAAUGUUUUGGCAGCAGUGCUGUGUCCUUUACCUUGUUUUUCUGUGCCCUGAAAGGCAGAACCAGCUGACCCAGGAAGCUUGUGGCAGACUGGGGGGAAGUGUGGCAAAGGCCCAGAAAGAUUUCAGAUGGAGUGACCUGUCCCUUGCCUCAUGGCAGUGGGAGCCACUGAUGUCCUGCUUUUUCAGCCUCCCAAUUUGACCAUGCCAAUUACUUUUCCCUUGGCUUUUCCAGGAGGGAGACUUUCUUUGGAAGUGAGGAGUUUUAUUUUUGUCAUGGUUGGUUGUGGGGUUUUGUUGUUCUCUGGCAUUUUUUUUUCUUUUUUCUUGAUUUGGAGUUUUGUUUGUUUAUUAAAACAAAACAAAACAAAAAAAGGUGUUGUUUAGACAACUGUUAGGAUUUCCCUGCCCUGUUCAGUGACAGCAGGGAGCACAGAUGUGUUCCCUGCAUGUUUAGGAGGCCCAAGGGUUUUGCUAAGCACUCACUGGGAGGAGACAGAGCUGCUCAAGCAGGGGAAGGGAGUGUGCUGGGGGUGCUUGGAGAUGCUUUGUCAGCAGAUAUUCAGUAUUUUUCUAGUCCAGUAUUAGAAAUGAAGCAAACUCCCCCUGUACUCAUUGUACCCAAAUUCCCUGUACCCCCAAGUGCAGUGCCCAGCCCACAGGGAGGGAGCUCAGCUCUGGCAGGGAGGGUUUGUGACAGGGCUGCUCUCUCGGGGCCGUGCUGGGUGCUGGUGUGGGGCUGAGCAGGGCCAGGCUGCCCAAGUGGGUCUCCUCUCUGAAAACUGUUCCAGGUGACAGGUUUCAUUUGGGAAGCAGAUUUGUCAGAGCCUGGUGCUGUGCACGGUGAACCUGUGCUCCCCAAGGCCUGCAGGGACCCCUGGUGCCCACAGCACACCCAGCCCUGGCCUGGCAAUACCAGGGGAAAGCAGCAUCUCCUCCGAGGGGCUGACAUCCAUAACCCCAGCUGAGGAGCUGCUGCCAUCCCAGGCUGGGGACCAGUGACAGGAUGUCUGAGGAAUGUGGAUUGGCUCCAUUUGUCUACCCAAGGAAGGCAACACAUUCCUCGUGUGCUGCCUGCAUAGCCCAUGGAGGAGCUCAGCUAAUGAGUGACACUUAAGCCACACGGGUGAGGCUUGGCUGUUUCAGGAGUGUUCUCAGCACCAGCCUGGGCAGAAUCAGGGCCUGAAGAGGUGCAGAGUCUGUGACCUUAAACAACUGCAAAAGCCCUGUGUUGCAUUUUCAGUCCAGAUCAUGGAAGGACUCGGAUAAGAAGGACUCUCAGGAGGUCUGUAGUCCAACCUCCUGCUGCAGCCACCCAGAGCCACUUCAUCCUUGUUCACAGCCUGAGGAAGAAAGCAAGCCUUCCUCAUCUCCAGCUUGGGUCAAGGUCAUGUGUGGAUGGAGAUGCCAUUGCUCUUUCCCCCCUUGUGCAGUGCCUUUGAAGAUAUCUACAUUUUCUGAGCCUUUUCUCACUUGGUCAGACUUGCCUGGUCCCAGCACCGACCUGGCAUUCCUAAGGUGUGCUUCCAUCAGCCCACAGCCAGGAUCUGGGAUGAAUGAAGGCUCUCACAUGGUCUUCAGUGAACUGCAGGAUGGAGCUGGAGGCUGAGAAUUGUGUUGGGCUCUUCAGCACCUCUCUGCAAACCAGUAUGUGUUCUCAGUCAGGUGGAACAAGCGAGGCAGGGACUGCUGAGGAGUCAGAGCUGGGAACAGCCUGUCCCAAUGCCCUGAGGUUGCUGGUUGCAACCAAGGCUUUCCAGCCCCUGCUGCUGAAGCAGUGCACUCACCUGGAGCUUCCAGGAGCUGUGGCUCCAGCACAGUGUGUGCUGGGGCUGCUCAGGAGCUCCCCAGCCUUGGGGCAGUGAGUCUGUACUCAGUGAAGCAGAUGUGCUGGUCUGUGCUGCGGGGGGAAUGGCCACAGUCCUUACUUUAGACGUGAACUGACAAGCCCCAAGUUUUACUGGACUGCUCUUAGGUUUGGCCUAAAAGGAAAGGCAAAAAGCUGGCUAUUUGCCUGCUAGAAGAGAAUUUUAAAGUUUGGUUUGGUUCAAUUGGAAACUGAUGUUUUUUAAAGGAAGUUAUACUGGUGGUGGAGUGUCUAGCCCCUGACUUCUCACAGCUCUACAUCAGUUGUACAUGUUGCUGUGGAGAUUUGUGCUGGGGAGACCUGGGCAGGAAUGAUUGCACCUGUCUCUGUGCAAGAGCCAACUCAUUCCAUGUUUUAAGCUGUGUAUUACUAGUUUAAUAAAGCAGGUUCCUUCAGCGUGCCAGGGAACUUACUCA